AUGACAUUCAUCUCUAUUGUUUAUUUCAGAAUAAAACAAAUGGCUACAUGGAGUCCACCACCCCUGUCCUCAAAUGAAACCAGCAGCCCGAGCAAUUCAACCCUCUGCCCAGAUCUGAAGGAAUGGUGGGAUGUGGUAUACCAAGUUAUGCCGACAUACAUCAAUAUAGUUUGUAUUAUAGGUACAUUGGGAAAUAUAUUUGUUUUCUCUGUUUUUUUACUAUACAAGGGCCGCUUGAAUGUGGCUGAAAUCUACUUUGUGAAUCUAGCAGCUGCUGACCUGAUUUUCCUUGCAUGCUUCCCUUUCUGGGCUGAGAACAUCAGGAAUGAAUAUAACUGGCCUUUCACGAACUUCCUUUGUCGUAUCACCAAUGCAUCUAUCAAGCUAAACAUGUACACGAGCAUCUACUUGCUAGUGGCCAUCAGUGUGGACCGCUACUUAGCUUUUGCUCACACUCUGACCAGCCGAGGAAAACGAAGCAAUGCACAGGCCAAAGUGAUGUGCCUGCUCAUUUGGGGAUUUGGAAUUGUUAUGAGCAUCCCAACAUUUAUGUUUCGCUCUGUGAAACAUGUGCAGAACUUGAAUAUCUCAGCUUGCAUCCUAGCCUUCCCUAGUGAAUCAUGGGAGACAGCCGAUCGCCUGACAUUAAAUGCCCUGGGAUUUGUAAUACCAUCAAUAGCAAUCAUAGUAUUUAAUUGCCAGAUAGUUCGUUCUCUACGAGAAAACAAGCGAAGUCAAGCAAAACUCAAAACAAAGAUAUCAAAGGACCACACAAACACAAAAGCCACCAUGUUGAUCUUCACAGUGGUGCUGACAUUUCUUCUCUGCUGGGCUCCCUGCCAUUUUUUCCUGUUCCUUGAUUUCUUAUUCAGAAUGAAAGCUGUGAAAGGCUGUUUCUGGGAAGAGCUGAUCAAUUUUGGGAGCCAAUUUACUUCUUACCUUGCUUUUACCAACAGUUGUCUUAACCCUGUGAUUUAUGUAUUUUUUGGGAAAUACUUCAGGGAGAAGACUUUCAAAGUUUAUACACAGUUUUUUCCCAGUGGAUAUCCUUUACAAUGCAUGGCACCAAGAGAGAGAUCCUCAUAUUUUACUUCUGGCUUGAAACAAGUUAUUUUAACAUAA